AUGGAAACCCUUGAAUACCCCAGCUGGAUUCUAAAUGAUGCAGAGCGCUUAUAUAAACUCAAGUGCGCUGUAUGCGCAUUCGUUGCAGAACCUGUUACGCGUCAUGACCUUCACGUCAUAGCUCUUGUAGUGAGCGUGAGCCCACUGUCUGAGGUACUUGCCUCAGUACAGAGGUCACAGAAUUCAGGUUCAUGUUCUGAGGUCACCAGGAAGGGAAAGGUGUCUUCACACUUGCGAUUAAAGCAUCGCCGUGAGUUGAAACGGGUCGCGGCACAACAAUGCUGCACAGGGGCUGAGUCUUGUCUUUACCAAGCACUUCGAGACGCGCAAUUACUCGCUUUUUGGUUGAACGAAACGUUUUUCUUCAACACGCACACGCAAAGCGAUCCCCACGCGAGUUGGUGUGGGUGCUCCAAAGGGAUAUCUAUGGGGAUAGAAGUGGUGGUAAUGGCGUCACUUGUACCGCGAACCAUUCCUGACUUAGCUCUCUUCAUGGCUUGGCAACAGGGGCUAGAGGCACAACGGCACUCCCCGUUGCGGUAUGCUGCACUGCUGCGCAUUUCUUUUGGAAAUUCCCUUUUUUUUCAGAAUUGGAUGAGUUAUUAUAGCAGAAUCCGGGAACAAAGUACAGCAGCCAAAUCACAAGCUGCUGUGGGUUCGCUGGAGCUCUCUUCCAUGGUGCAGCCUCACCAAGCCCUGCUGAUCGACAUCGAGUGGUAUCUUGAAGCUGCAAUAGGUUCACAGCUUUGCGAAAACACACGAAGAAGUUACACGAUACUCGAAAAACAAACUUCUCACAGGAUUAAGAGCGAAUCUCAAAAAGUGACAGCCGACAAAGCACUUCAUGCUUUUUUUAAUGAAAUUCACACACUCAUCAAGCUUCCACAGGAGGGGAAAGUUGCAAUGUGGUUACCCUAUUCUUAUUUACUAUCGGAGUGUUUUACUGGAUCAUACUGCCAAUGUGCACGAAAUACACUUAACAAUGCACCAUAUCAGAACGAGGAGCUUAAAACUCAGUAUGAUCAACUCUACAGAGAGUGUGUCCAGUGCACAAAAUUCAAGAAACUCUCCAGAGAGAUACGUUCUCUAUAUUCUCGUCUGCAUGAGUGUUUUGGUCAAACUAAAUCAUUUAAGCUAAUAACCAGUAACGGUGAAACAAUAAAUGAGUUGCUGGACAAGGCUAACCUUGUAGAAAUACCUGUUUCGCAGGCUGAUACAAGAAAAAAAGCCGUCACAACUGCUAAACUCCAUGGGACUGCAUCUUUCUCCCCUUGUAACGGGAUCAGGGACACUGUAUUAACUGCCGGCACUACUAAGGCAAUAUCUCCCUCCCCCUUACUUUGCACGCGUAGUUUGCGUGAUGCGUACGCCUUGCUUGGGCUUUUCGUGGGGCUCGAUGCUGUGGGCUUCUACGCGGGAGGUGUCGCGUUUUGUCGAGGCAUUGAAAGACGGCUUUGCACAGCGAGGGUGGGCGGGCUCGCGUCUGGGUUGGGGAAGGUUGUUUUAGGAGCACGUGUGGGGAAGGCGAAUGCAAGCGGACUGGUAAGUGCAAUUGAUAAUGUCCGUGGCAGAAAAGGUGCGGAGAGGCAGGACUUCAUUUGUGGUAACGUUGAUCUGGCUAAAAAGGAAAAUACGACUGACAGCGAUGAUCUACGAUCACCCUUUGUUCAGGACAUGCACCUCUGUGUAGGGAGAGCACGUGAUGCGAGCUUGCAAAUGUCACAGCAUACACCAUUUGGAGGGAAGCGGCCACGUCACGGAAAUACAAGCGUGGAAGGUCACGAAGUCAGAGUGAGGGUGUUGUGA